UAUGGAAAUCUCAGUUUUCCCGAUGGUGCUGUCCAUUUUAGUUAUUGUAGUACUCAGAUCAGCAUGGAGAGCGCUGAGAUUGGUGUGGCUUAAGCCGAAGAAGCUAGAGAAGUGUAUGAGAGAGCAAGGGUUUGGGGGCAACUCCUACCGUAUUUUGUUCGGAGACUUGAAGGAGAGCUCUCCGAUGAUAAAUGAAGCGAGAUCUAAGCCCAUGAACUUCACCCAUGACAUUGCACCACGUGUCAUUCCCUUCCUCCAUCAAAGUUUGAAGAAUUAUGGUAAGAACUUCUUUAUAUGGAUUGGCACGACACCAACGGUGAACAUUAUGAACCUAGAACAAGUAAAAAAUGUCCUCUCCAAGCACUACAUCUUUCGAAAGCCAGAGGCAAAUCCACUUGCCACAUUGCUGGCAACCGGCCUUGCAAGUUAUGAUGCUGAGAAAUGGGCUAAACAUAGAAAGAUCAUCAAUCCAGCAUUCCAUCUAGAGAAGUUGAAGAAUUUGUUACCAGGAGUACUUCAUCAGAGUUGCAACGACAUGAUUAGCAAAUGGGGGAGUUUGGUUAUCACCAAAGAGUCUGGGGCAGUUGAGUUAGACAUAUGGCCUUAUCUAAAAAAUUUGUCAAGUGAUAUCAUUUCGCGGGCAGCAUUCGGGAGUAGCUAUGAAGAAGGAAUAAUGAUAUUCGAACUCCAAAGAGAGCUAGCAGAGCUUGCAAUCAAAUCGCUACAGUCUAUUUACAUUCCAGGAUGGAGGUUUCUACCAACUAAGAUGAACAAGAGGAUGAAAGAAAUUGAUAAACAAAUACAAGCAUCGCUCAAAGGAAUUAUCAACAAAAGAGAUCAGGAGGCAACAAAAGCAGGAGAUGCCAUAAAUGAUCAUGACUUAUUAGGUAUACUUAUGGAGUCAAACUUGAAAGAAAUUCAAGAGCACGCGAACAAUAAGCACAUUGGAAUGAAUCUCCAGGACGUAAUAGAGGAAUGCAAACUAUUUUAUUUGGUCGGGCAAGAGACCACCUCGGUUUUGCUCGUCUGGACGAUGAUUUUGCUGAGUAGGUAUCCAAACUGGCAAGUACGUGCAAGAGAAGAAGUCUCGCAAGUUUUUGGCGAAGAAAAACCAGACUUUGAUGGAUUAAAUCACCUAAAAGUUGUGACUAUGAUAUUGUAUGAGGUUCUCAGACUAUACCCACCUGUAUUUGCUUUGAAUCGAGUUGUUCAUGAGGAUACAAAACUUGGAAGGUUGUCUUUACCAGCUGGAGUGCAGGUCUCCUUACCCACAAUCUUCAUCCAUCAUGAUCGUGAUGUUUGGGGAGAUGAUGCAGAGGAGUUCAAACCAGAGAGAUUCUCUGAUGGAGUCUUGAAGGCCACAAAGGGUCAAGUUUCCUUUUUUCCUUUCGGAUCGGGUCCUAGGAUAUGCAUUGGACAAAACUUCGCUAUGAUUGAAGCGAAGAUGGCUCUCUCAAUGAUUCUACAACGCUUCUGUUUUGAGCUUUCCCCGUCAUAUACUCAUGCUCCUUCAACUCAUAUCGCUAUUCUUGAACCACAGUAUGGUGCUCAGAUCAUUCUACGUUCUGUAGAAUAGAUAUAUAUCUUGUUGUGUAAUGUGCAUGGAAAAGCUAGCUAGGGCACUUAAGGAGAGUUCGAGAUCUGUUGUGAAGGAGAGUUGAGUUCAAUGUAUGAAGAGAAAGUACAAGGGGUUCAGAGCCUCGUGGGCUUUUGUCUUUUCCUUCUUAUGUUAUUAGCUUUGUUAUUUCCUUUCUUAUGUAUUAGCAUACUGAGGUAUUGGGCUAGAGCCCAUGGACUACGACUGUUGGUUUGUAUUUUGUUGUUAGUACUGCUCGGCCAUGAGCCGAGGCCACUUUCGGUAGGGUCCGUUACACUGCCAGCUAUAUGUACUAAGCAGUAGUGCUCUGCACAUUUUAUCCAUAAGAGUAAUUGAAUAUUUUCCUUUCCUGUCU